UGUAGCGUGUUCUUUUCUUUGCAGACCUGGCAGACACGAGGACCACACGCUCCCUUCAGGACAGCCUCAUCUGCUCCGUAUCUGUCCUGGCUAACGUAUCUUCUUCGCGGUGCACCCUUUCCUGAGUGGGUUACCCGCGAAGCGCCGAGCCCGCCCCUCCUAUAGCCCUUCCCGAGGGGAGGGAGGGACGAGGAAAGUCGGGUGACGAGCAGCCUGGACCCUCAUGCAACGGCAACGGCAGCGGCACCGGCAGCAGCCACCGCGUCGACACCGAUUGGGGCAGGUGCGGCCGCUUCCGCGUCGCGCCGAGAGGAGGAGACGAAGGAGGCGGUGGUGAGGGCGGGCGGCGGGGCCGGCGGCCCCGAGUCUGGCCGGCGUGCCCGUGGGCGUGCUCUCCGGCGGGGAGGGCCGCCUGCAGCCCACACCCCCAGCCGCCGCUAACUUUGCCUCUUCGUGAAGAGCCGCCCUCUGGCAGCCAGAGGGUCUGCGGAGCCCCGUUGGUCCGGAGCCGCCCCCCCGCGAUGAAGGGACGCCGACGGUGGCGGUGGCGCGGGGAACACCGCCGCUUCGCCGCGGUGCUGGUACUCUACACGCUGCUGCUGCUCUUGAUAGUGCCCUACGCGCUGGACUACGGAGCCCGGCGGAGCCGGGCGGACGAAGAGCCGCUGCUGCGGCGCUGCCCUAGCCUGGAGGAGGCGCUGAGCGAGUGGGGCUGGGAGCAGCAGCAGUCGCCACUGGACGACGAGCAGGAGGGCGAAGAUAGCACGGCCGGGGCAGCGGGUAACGGCAGCGCGGUGGAGAAACGGCACAUCUACCUGCACGCUACCUGGCGCACGGGCUCCUCCUUCCUGGGGGAACUCUUCAACCAGCAUCCCGACGUGUUCUACCUCUAUGAGCCCAUGUGGCACCUGUGGCAAGCCCUCUACCCGGGGGACGCGCUAAGCCUGCAAGGCGCCCUCCGCGACAUGCUGCGCGCCCUCUUCCGAUGCGACUUCUCCGUCCUGCGCCUCUACGCCGCCCCGCCCGGCCCCCGCGACCCGCUGGCCCCCGCCCCGCCUGCCGCCCCCAACCUCACCACGGCCGGCAUCUUCGGCUGGCGGACCAACAAGGUGAUCUGCUCGCCGCCUCUCUGCCCCGCCGCCUCACGGCCCCGCCAGGAGAUCGGCCUCGUCGACGGCGCCGCCUGCGAGGAGACGUGCCCGCCGCGGGCGCUGCGGGAGCUAGAAGCCGAGUGCCGCAAGUACCCUGUGGUGGUCAUCAAGGACGUGCGGCUGCUGGAGCUGGGCGCGCUGCUGCCACUGCUGCGGGAGCCCGGCCUCAACCUGCGGGUGGUGCAGCUCUUCCGCGACCCCCGCGCCGUCCACAACUCCCGCUUGAAGGCCCGGCAGGCGCUGCUGCGGGAGAGCAUCCAGGUUCUGCGGAGCCGCCACCGCGCCGAGCCGCGGGGACCAAGCCGCCAGCAGCAGCAGCUCCUGCUGCCACCCGGCCUGCUGGGCGGCGGGCGGGCGCCGCAGCCGCAGCACCGCGCCGAGUUCUUCCUCGGCGGUGCCCUGGAGGUGAUCUGCCAGGCCUGGCUCCGUGACCUGCUCCUGGCCCGCCGCGCCCCGGCCUGGCUCAGCCGCCGCUACACGCAGCUCCGCUACGAGGACCUGGUGCGGGAGCCCCGCGCCCAGCUGCGCCGCCUGCUGCGCUUCGCCGGGCUGCCCGUGCCGCCCGCCCUGGAGUCCUUCGUGCACAACAUGACCCGCGGCGCCGCCUACUCCUCCGAUCGGCCCUUUCUCAUCUCCGCCCGCGACGCGCGGGAGGCCAUCCACGCCUGGCGGGAGCGUCUUAGCCGGCAGCAGGUGCGGCAGGUGGAGGCCGCCUGCGGCGAGGCCAUGAGCCUUCUCUCCUACCCUCUCAGUGGCGGCGACGCUCGGUAGCGUCCCCGCCCCGGCCGCGGGGAAAGCCCGCCGCCGGGUGAGCGCUAGACCGGCUGCAGGCGGCACGGGAGUCCGCCUGGGACGAGCCCGGGGGCGGCUGCGGGGUGGCGGCCUGCCCUAGCGGGCGGAUGGGCGCCGUCGGGCAGAGGAGCGCUGGGAGUCACCGAUGGCGUAGGGGCGCCCUACCGUUCACCUUACGGGCCGGGUAAGCCGCCGAGGGCAGCCCUGGCACAAACAAACAUGCCGUGCCUCAAGUACAGGGUGCAGACCCGCCUCGGCUUUGAUGGGGCUGUGUUUCCUUCGGGGACCGCAGCCAUCCUGUGCCAGGGUGCGUGCAGAGGGCACAGGGGGAUUUUAUUAAAGCUUUGGUGAGAGGUGUCUUCUGGGCACGUCAUCAGUUUCAGAGCCCUUCUCAUGAGAAACAGUGACCACAUGCAAAACUGGAGUGUUCUUUAAAACAAACAAAAAAACCCCAAACACAAAACUCCAUCGAAACGUAAAAAUCCCCCAGAUGAUGCCUCAGAGCUGGGAACUGGAGGGCUUGAAGGGUGUGGCUGUGAGAGCAUCACCGUUACUGAGUACUGAGCACUGAAAUGCGCCCACUUCUGUCCUACCACUACUGAAACUCUUUCGAGGAGCUUCUGUGAAGGUUGCUUGCAGAGGUCAGUGAAGGCCUGGCGGUCAGGAAGGUGCUUGCCACAGGUGAUGUCUCGGCUGUCCUGCACCCAGUGGAGUGGCUCAGCCCCUUACAGGUUGCUGGUGCUCUUGGGAGGGAAUCACUGGCCAAGGGAAGGGAAAUCAUGUCCAAUUCUGUCCAUUGUUUGGAGCAUCAAGGUCUGCAGUUGUGCAGAGUUACGGGUAAGCAUUCUUUUGCUUACAUGCUUCAAGAUGCUUGCGGCAGAAAUCUUUGAUUUUCUAAUGAAAUAGGUAAUUAUUUUAAAAGUAGGAUACUUUUUCCUCCCUUAAUAUAGUGAUAGAUGGUGAUACUCCUGUGAGAUACAGGUGACUAACACGUUUCUUGGGAACAUGUGUAGGGGUGGCUGUAAGUGGAUGGCAAACACUUGGUACUUCCAUUUUGUUUUCUUAGCCAGAUGAGAGAAUCACUUUUCUUCCCUGGCUUCCGGGCUGACACAUUGUACUGUGCAUAGGGUCCUCCUGGUCACAUCCCCUCCAAACAAUAACAUCCUCUCAGCUGGCAACUCCUGGAUGAAAGCAAAUGUUUCCUAAUGAGGCUAAGACACAUUAUGUGCGAAGUUCCCAAAUAGAAGCUUGUAUUAAAAACAAAAACAAAAGCAACUAAAAUUAUGUUUCAUUUUGGACUUAAAACUGCCAUUUUCCUGUAAUGUGUAUGGGAAGGGUGUGCAUGUGUUUGUGUGUAUGUGCUGGGUCCUUUUUUCCUUGUUUCUUAAUUUGGAGAUAGAAAGUACAGUUGCAAUUUAGGAAUGCAGUGUCCUAACUUAGAGACUGCUUCUGACUCCGUUACUGACUGGCACCAUUUGAACAGCCCCACAGGAGCAUACAGGUUUAUAGGGAUAUUUAUUUGUGGUCCUCAAAUACAACGGAGAACAUAAACUUUGAACAGAGGAUAACUCAAGUUCAAGAAGAAAGCAACAUUCAUGUAAUGUGCUGCAAAUAAAUGCAGUUCAAAGACACUGCAUUACCAUGGAGGAAACAUUUGAGUUGCAUGGUAGGUUUUUCUGCCCUGAAUGUCAUGCUGUAAAAUACAUCAGUGGGUUAGGAUGAACCUUUGUUUUGUUUCAGCUCUUUCUCUUCCUUGACCUUCCCACCUGAAAGUACAGUGGUGGAAGAAACAGGUUUCUUUCAUUAUCUGACAGGAAAAUGUAGCCAUAAAAAUGUUUUGAGUAAAUCUACCUAUUUCACAGUAGCAUGCAUCACACAAUUCUGCAUCCUUUGGUUUCUCCUUGAAGUGAAAAUCAGAGGGGCUCAUUUUGUGCUGGUAUUGUGUUAUCUGAGGGGUACUGCUGUAUUCUCUCACAGGCACUGUGAGAGCAAAAUAUGUCUUGGGGCAUUCCAGUGAUAUUGGAUUGUAGAAUCACAGAAUCAUUUUGGUUGGAAAACAUCUUUAAGAUCAUCAACUAUCAACCAAGCACCACCAUGCCCACUAAAGUGUGUCUCAAAAUGCCAUGACUGUGGCUUUUUUUUUUUUUUAACACCUCCAGGGACAGUGACUCCACAACCUCCCUGGGCAGCCUAUUGCAAUGCCCAACCACUUUUUCAAGAAAUAAUUUGUUCUUAAUAUCCAACUUCAACCUUUCCAGGCACAGCUUGAGUCCAUUUCCUCUCAUGGUUAGUUACUUGGGCAGAGACCAACACCCACCUCACUACAACCUCCUUUCAGAGAGUUGCAGAGAACAAUAAGGACUCCCUUUAGCCUCCUCCAGAUUAAACAAUUCAACGUCCCUUAGCCAUUCCUCAUAAGAACUGUUCUCCAAAAUACAUGGUACAAUAUACAAUACAUGGUAUCUGAAUAGAUGAACAAUACUUGUAUAAACACUUUGGCAACUGUAGUUGGGCAACUGGAAAGUUCUUCUGGGAAUAUACCUAGCCUGGCUCAUAGUGACAUGUUUGGAAGAAAAUAGAUCUUCUUCCAGGCAAAAGAUGAUACGGUACUUAUUUGGUUAUGUCAGAUAGGAGAUUAAAAUCCAGUAUACCUCAGCUAUUUGUUUUUAGCAAGUUGCAGUCACAGGUAUGUAUGGCAGGGAAACAUCUUGCUGUUUCAGGUGAUAAAUGCCUUUCAUAAGAAGUUUUUAGAAAUCUACAUUUGGUUCCACACCAGUUCAUCACAAUGAAGAAAGAAGUGUUGCCAUCUAGCUUAACUUUACACGUAAGAGCUGGGAAGAAAUCCACUAAGUGCAGAUUAUAGUAUUUUCUGAAGCAGUUUCUGUGUCUGACUUAUAUAUAUAAAGAUUUGUUUCAUCAGAAGAUACUUCCUACCACAAUUGAGCUUUAUUAGCAAUCAGUUUAGUUUUUUUCCCUUCCCAAGCUACUCUUGUAGGGCUUUUUGUUUACUGUGAAAAGGGCUCUGUUUGCCGCAGUGUACAAAAUACAGCAAGUGCAAUUCGUGGCUUGUAUUCAGGGUGUCUGGUGUCAUUAGAAAACUCUUUAAAACAAUCUGCAAGGAAUAUCUGAAGCUAAAAAAGCAGCAAGUAGCCCAGAUUUGGAUCUUAGAGCAGAAUGUGCAAGAGCAUCUAAGACUUGGUGAUGGUUUAUUACUGACUGAUGUGAUGCGAGUGCCUCAGUCACUAGAAGGCUUUCUACAAUUCCCUCAUCUAAGGUGGACAACGAAGACCCACCAACAAAUGCAUCCCAUUUAUCUCUUCAGAGUGUUUUGAUAGUGUUGGAAGACAUCAUUCACGCUGCUUACAGCAUAUACUUUUUGGCUUGAAACUCAUACCUUGAAUCAAAUAACCAGUACUGUCAAGUGUUAGUGUUGGUACUUACCUGGGAAGACAGAAACUCUCUAAGAAGACCCAUGUGGAGUUUUCAUUGGCAGAGGUCUUUGGGAAUAAGCAGAGGUUUCUGAAAGUAGGACACCCAUGGUUAACCUGCAUUUUGAGUGCAGCUGGGUAGUUUAUGGCUUGGUCAGUGUUUCUUUACUGUUACUGAGCUCAAUGGAGAUUUUUGAAAUGAAGUCUCAGUUCUACUAACCAAUGUAAAAAGCAGAAGUGUAACUGCAUCUUUUAGAGCAAAGGAUGGCAUGAUAAACAAGGGAGCGAUAAACACAUUUUAUAGCCAAGCUGAAUUUGGCAGGCUUGGAAUUGGAGACAAGAUCUGAGCUACAGUAGUUCAAACUGAGAUUUGGGGAACUUGUGCUACACUAUAUACAAUGAAUUAACAACUUCAACAAUGUUAAAAAGUCAUAGUGGGAAAUGGGAAAGCUGACAAAUGCUCCCAAGCCUUACUUCUGUCAUCUGCUUUUACUUCUGGUCAUCAUGACUCUGCCUUAAGGGAGGUAGAAAUUUGAGUUCUGGAAUAGUACAUAAAAUGCUGUGACGUUUCCACACUGGAAUUGUUAACUGCUCUCUUACAACAUUGUAUCUGUAUUUGAAGUGUUGCUUUUGGGGAGACAACAGCAGUGACAUACUUGUGAGAAAUGCUGCAAGUCCAGGGCCAAAGAAGCACUUAGCCCCUGCCUUUCCCGAGAACAUUACUGAUGGAGCUCUUGUAGAUAAUCCUUGGUAUGUAUUUACAUACUUCAGUGCAGUGCAGAGUUUCUGGGUUCGUUAUGGUAAUACAGUUAAACAACAUUUCUGUGAAGAACUGAGCUCCUGAAACACCAACAAGCCAACAAGCCUGACAGUACAUUCUGUUCCUUUCUUGAACAUGAAGAGUUACUACUGAGACUCUGAUGGUAUCAGGAAUAGAGGGGCAGUAAGAACAGUGCAUGUAACUUCUCAGAAUCACCCAGCAAGCUAUGCAGCACUGGGACUACAUUAGAGGUUAUUUUGCCAUUUCUGUUUGCCUCGGUGUGACACCUACCACUAUGGAGAGGGACGUGAGAAAAAGAUGAUUGUCAAAGCAAAUCUUGAUAUUGCACUACUGGAACUUUUCAGCAUCUCACUGACUCUGUGAGUGAGGGGCCAGGAUCCACAUUGUCCUACUCAUGACUUAGGGACUUGUUGAGGCAUACCACUGGCAGUCUUGGGUUUGGACUAAAGGACUUGUUGAGGCAUACGUUUUUGGCAGUCUUGGGUAUGGUCAACAGUCUUUGGUUUGGACUAAAGGACUUGUUGAGGCAUACCUCUGGUAGUCUUGGGUUUGGACAACUGGCUGAAAGCUGAUUAACAUUUUAGUACUUUGAGUUUGGAUAUCAAGUACCAGGAAAUUAUUGCUUCCAAUGUUGCUACUGACCUAUGGCACUUGAAGUACCAUUUCUUGGUGCUGGUAGAUGGGAAUCUGGUCUUUCCCUAACACUUUAAAAUUUGUCAUCCUGUUUCUAAUUGUUUAACUUGGUCAAACUUCAACUGUAUGUUGAAGUCUGAAGCUUUUCAUCUUAAGCUUAAAGUCUCUUUGGGGAACUUUAGUCAAAAUAGUGCACGUUCAUUUGAACUCCGAGUUAGGCAAAAGACUCACAUCCUAUGUUCAAAUGCUCUCAAAGAUGUUUCUUUGAAGUCAUUUAGCACCCCAGUGCUUUGGGACAGGAACUCCAGUUUAGGUAAGGGAAAUGACCUCUGUGUAGAGAAUUCCUCCCAUGGUUGGUUUUUACCUCUGCCUUCUAUUCUGGUUUGGCCAAAUACAUUAAUGUUUGUAAUUAAUGGAUAGCAUGUGCUCUGUGGAAAUCAUUGUGGUGCGUGUGUAUCUUUAUUAUGUACCAAAUAAAAUCUGCAUUGGUUUUAUCUUCA